GCCUGAAACCGACGGCCCCGCCCCUGUUUGCAGGCUCCCCCACCCCUGUCCGUCCCGCCUCCAGGCCCAUCCCAAGAUGGCCGAGAUCCCCCUGUACUUUGUGGACUUGCAGGAUGACUUAGACGACUAUGGAUUUGAAGACUAUGGUCCAGAUUGUGACAACAUGAGAGUAACAGCCUUCUUGGACAUUCCAGGCCAGGAUAACCUGCCUCCACUCGUUCGCCUGGAGAAGUAUGCUUUCAGUGAGAACACCUUCAAUCGGCAGAUUAUUGCCAGAGGGCUGCUUGAUAUCUUCCGAGACUUCAGUGACAAUGAAGAAGACUUCCUAAUGGUAAUAGAAAUUAUAGUCAGAUUGUCAGAAGAUGCAGAGCCCACAGUGCGGACUGAGCUGAUGGAACAGAUUCCUCCUAUUGCCAUUUUUUUACAAGAAAACAGAUCAGAUUUUCCAGUGGUGCUCUCUGAAUAUCUCAUACCUAUUGUAGUGAGGUACCUCACAGAUCCAAACAAUCAGGUGAGAAAAUCAAGUCAGGAAGUGCUCUUGAUUCUUCUGGAACAAGAUCUGAUUUUCCAGCAUGAUAUUGAAAACAAAGUGUGUCCCAUUCUGCUGCAGCUCUCUGCCCCAGACAGUGAUGACGAAUAUAAAGCAGAAGCUGUGAGCAUAAUCUGCAAAAUGGCUUCCAUGCUGAGUAAGAGUACAGUUGAACGCCUGCUACUCCCCCGAUUCUGUGAACUGUGUGGUGAUGGGAAGCUUUUUCAAGUUCGGAAGGUUUGUGCUGCAAAUUUUGGUGAUAUUUGUCAUGCUGUUGGACAAGAAGCCACUGAGAAAUUUUUGAUCCCAAAGUUCUUUGAGCUCUGCUCUGAUGCUGUUUGGGGCAUGCGGAAAGCCUGUGCGGAGUGCUUCACGGCUGUGUCACACAGCUCCUCCCCUGGGGUCCGUAGAACCCAGCUUUCCCCGCUCUUCAUCAGACUUGUCAGCGACCCCUGCCGAUGGGUGCGCCAGGCUGCCUUCCAGUCCCUCGGCCCCUUCAUUUCCACCUUUGCAAACCCCUCCAGGGCUGGCCUUUAUCUUCGAGAGGAUGGCGCCCUGAGCAUCCGGCCUCUCACCCAGGAUUUUGACUCUGGUUUUGCCUCUGGCUCACCCGCUCCCAGCAGUGGUGGUAACACUUCCCCUACCAGUUUAGCUAGUUCAGCAAAGCCUGUGCAGAGGGAGCCAGAGCUACCUGUGGAAGGGACCUCAGCGAAAACCAGUAAUUUCCCGCACAUCGGUAGCUCCUCUGAUGGCCCAACGGAAAACCCGGUGGAAAGCUCUGUGUCGGCUGGAGCUGAGCUGACCAGGCUUUCCCCAGAGACCAGCGCCUUCUCAAAGCUUUCUGACAAUAACGACUUCCCCAUCAGCAGCUACCCUGGAUCAGAUUCCUGGGCCUGCCCAGGGAACUCUGAGGAUGUGUUCAGUCAUUUUCUUUAUUGGCGAACUCCUCUCCCUGACAUAAGCAAGGACUUAGAGCUGCUUCUGAGCGAGGCUGGGCCUCAGGAGGAUUACUGCAGCAGACCUGGGGUUGUGCACAACAACUGUGUGGCCCGGAGCGAGAUUCAGAAAGUCCUUGAUAGUUUGCAGGAGCAUCUGAUGAAUGAUCCGGAUGUUCAAGCUCAAGUCCAGGUAUUAUCAGCUGCACUGAGAGCUGCACAGCUUGACUCCGUGAAUGAACCCGAGAGCAAGCCAACAGCAGGUCUAAAUGAAGUGUCCAUUUCAGAUCCCAGCUCUGUCUCUGACAAUCAGAUCACUCUGUCGGCCUCAUCAUCUCAGAAUGAGCUCUUUGUGGCCAGGAUAUUACAAAGCACAAUCCAUUGGGUUUCCCAGCCCCCAUCCUCUUUCGGGGACCCACCAUUGCUGCAAUCCCUGAUUACCGAGAAAUGUUGGAGGUGCUGGCUCUACCAUUUCUUGCAAACCUCACCCUUCUGGAGUAGUCUGUGCCUUAAACAUGAUCCUGGUGAACCCAGAAAUGGAACCAGUGACCAUCUGGAGACUGACCAGAGGCAGGAUCCCACCCUACUUGAAGAGAAUAAAUCUAAAUUACAGGAUAUAAUACCUCAGCCGCUGCUAGAUCAGUAUGUGUCCAUGACUGACCCAGCUCGAGCCCAGACUGUCGAUACUGACAUAGCCAAACACUGUGCCUACAGCCUCCCAGGGGUGGCGCUGACCCUGGGCAGGCAAAAUUGGCACUGCCUGAAAGAUACGUACGAAACACUGGCUUCUGACGUACAGUGGAAGGUACGGCGAACCCUAGCCUUCUCCAUUCACGAGCUGGCUGUGAUUCUUGGGGAUCAGUUAACAGCAGCUGACCUGGUGCCUAUCUUCAAUGGAUUUUUAAAGGAUCUGGAUGAAGUGCGAAUAGGAGUUCUUAAACACCUGUAUGAUUUUCUAAAGUUGCUUCAUGAAGACAAGAGGAGAGACUAUCUUUAUCAGCUUCAAGAAUUUGUAGUGACUGAUAACAGCAGGAAUUGGAGGUUUCGAUAUGAACUAGCAGAACAGCUGAUACUGAUUCUGGAACUCUAUAGUCCCAAUGAUGUUUAUGAUUACCUAAUGCACAUUGCCUUAAAGUUGUGUGCAGAUCAAGUUUCUGAAGUUCGGUGGAUCUCCUUCAAACUAGUUGUGGCAAUUCUGCAGAAGUUCUAUUCCAACAGUGAAAGUGCGUUGGGGUUAAAUUUCAUCAAUGAACUCAUCAUAAGGUUCCGGCACUGUUCUAAGUGGGUUGGAAGGCAAGCUUUCGCUUUCAUUUGUCAGGCAGUGGUGAGCAAGGAGUGUGUCCCCGUGGACCAGUUCGUGGAGCACCUGCUUCCCAGCCUCCUGAGCCUCGCGUCAGAUCCUGUGCCCAAUGUGAGGGUUCUGCUAGCCAAAGCCCUAAGGCAGAUGCUGUUGGCAAAGGCGUAUUUUAGAAAUGCCGGUAACCCUCAUCUUGAAGUCAUUGAAGAGACCAUCUUAGCAUUGCAGUCAGACCGGGACCAAGAUGUUUCCUUUUUUGCAGCCCUAGAACCAAAGCGGCGGAAUAUCAUAGACACUGCUGUACUGGAAAAACAGAAUUAACUACUCCGUGAUGAGUUGCACUCUGAUUGUUUGAUGCUUGGCACAUAUGGCUUAUCGUAACUUGAAGGGGAGCUGAUUGUAUUAUACCAGCUGGGGGAGAUUCUGGAGCCUUUCAUACUGUGCACUCUGACUGGCACCUUUGCCGUCUGUACCCCGAAGGCACUGAACCUGAUGGGGCUUUUUCUGGAUGGCUGGGCCAUCCUGAUCAAGCCUGAUCAGUAAGUCUGUGGAAAGAUUGCAGACCAUGUAGCUAACUGGGCACUGGAGCCUCUGAACCACCAGGCUGCCUGCCAGCAAGUUAUUUUCUCCAUGGCAGACUAUGAUCUGAAGUCCUCCCAACCCUUGCCAAGUAAAGUAGUUUAUUAGAAGCUCUUAAGUCUUUAAUAGACCUGCGUAUUUCCUUCCCUUAUGAUUUCCUAUAAAAUAUAGUUUCUGAUGUUAUGUUUUAUUUUUAACUGAAAUACUGUACAUAUGUAAAUAACUCUUGACAGGAAGAAAAUAUAUAAAUGUAGUAUUUGCCCCCUAUCAGUGAGCUGAACAAAUACAUCAUUUAAAUCUAUGCUCCACUUUGAGUUGCUACAAAUAUAGUUCAGUUUGUUUACUUUUGAAAAAUGUGAUAAAGAAAUCUAAAGAAUGAUUGAUGGCAGUCUUUCUAAUAUUGUGCCUUGGUCAUAAACUACUUGGAACAUUCCUCAGGCACUCACUCCUCCCCGCCUGACAGGAACUGUUUCCAUGAAGAUAUGUGUUGGCCUUUGAUAGAGGCAUAAAGCUGAAAGAUUUUUCAUCUUUAUAUGGAUACGCUCUCAUAUGUUUAAGAACUUGAGAAGGAAAUGGAUAACUGAGGUUUUUCCAUUUUAAUAUGGAUAUGUUAUAUGUUUAAAAACUUGGGAGGGAAAUUGAUAACUGAGAUGCAUGGAUAUUGACUUUAUAUCUAAUGCUUUAGAAUCUUAACCAAAAAAAAGGAAAACACAGUUCUGAUCAGAACCUUCCCACAAGUUCUACGCACCUGUGACUUUGGGGGUCAAAUUACAUACUCCUCAAAUUGACUUAAGUACACAUCACUUAGAUUUCAUGCGUUUCAAAUUUAGACUGAGAAGUAUGCUCUAGAAUUUAACCAGGUUUGUUAAAUUAAGGUUUUCUAACCAUUUGAACAUAUUUUUUACAUACAUGUAUGCACAUGUCAUUUUUCUUGUUUCUAUUUUUAUGUUCUCAAAGGUAGGAGAAGGAAGGAAGGAGGAAACAGCUCAUUUGGGGUUCAGGAGCUGGCUCUGCUAAGGGCUUGUAAGCUGUUUCUCUUCUGCCCUUGGAUCUUUUUCUUGUCUUUAUUUUUUAAUGAAAUUUUGAAGCUAUGUAUUGAAUUUUCUGGUAUACAGGAUGUUACUCCCACCUCCAAAUUCCAUUUAACUGAUUCUUUUAAAAGAAAGAUAGGAGUAUAUACACCAUGCCAAAAUAAUAAUAAGGUACGUAUGUGACAGGGUAGCAUUUAGGCAGCAUCAGCAAAAAGUGAGUUAAUAAAUCGGAAGCUACAUAUUUAAGAAAAAAAUCGGUCAAUCCGUCGUGUGUUUAAUACUUGCCUAAAGUAAAUGGAGAUAUUGUUUUGCUUUGGUAACUGGCAAUUUUUAUGUUUGAUUGCCUACAAAUUGAGAUUGUUUUGUUAAAAUCUGUUGAUCGAGCAGCAAGUAGAAUUAUUCAACUGGAAUCUUGUAUUCUAUUCAGGGCUUAAUUUUCCAUUAAGGAAAAAAAUGAGCUUCAGUUUGUGUUGUGAUGUGUAUAAUUUGCAUGCUGAAUCACAACAUGCUUGGAUAGAUUGUAGAGACUCUGGUAAAUAAGCUAACCUUUACAAUUUCAGUUUAUAUGUUAACAUUUUUCUAUAAUUUGAGUGCCUUUCCAAUGCAGAGAUAUUUUUUAUGGCUGUAAUUUCUCUGUAAAAAUAAUUUUUAAGCUUACAUUUUAUUCUUUUUUUGCAACAACCAAGAUUUUUCUAAGAUUGUUCUGUUUCGCCUUGCCCUCCUAGCUCCCGCCCCCAUCACUUCCGCGCUUGUAUUUUCUAAUUAUUCAUGGGUGCGAUGUUGAGUGUUUGUCAUUUGACCACCACAGGUAGGCUUCCUGUUUACUUGAACACUCAGCCUCAUCUCUGGUGAAUGAAUGGAAAAGCACAGAUGGGUUUCUCCCAGGCAGAGCUCACUCCAAAGGUGUCUUCCUAGAGCCAGCCCAGCCUUUGUCAAGGGGACGUUUCUCCACUUAAGUGUGUUUAUUAGCAUCUUUCUCCUGCCCAUAAUUCAAGAGCAUUUUCAGAAUUGAUAGAUUUUGAUGCAGUUUUGCAAGUUUCCAUGGAAGGCUGUCUUCCACUUCUGGGAUCCACCCCCAAGUCGGGACCAGAUCUGCUGCAGGGAGUCAUGUUUAUGAAAUGUUUGUUUUUUGUUUUUUUAUUCAUUCACACUAGAAGUGUUUUUAUAACGAAAGUCUGCACUUUACAACUCUGUAGGCCAUGCAUGCAAUGGUGAUUUGGAGCUUUGUUCACGGGUAAUUCCUCCAGGUGAUUUAUCCCAAUUUCUGCAAAGAUCCUAUUUUAAACAGACACGGAGAAGUGGUAACCGUUUCCCAACAGCAGUAAGAAUGCCCCUUUCAUUUGCCUGGUGAAAAGAACAGUCAUUAACUGCAGCCUGGAGGCUUCGAGGAGGUGGGGACCGGGCCUGAGCUCAGGACUGGGUCCUCAGAGUGUGGCCGCCCGGCGAUGUCUCUGUAUUUAUCAAUAAAUCUCCCUGUUGUUUUGGGAA